GAUGAAAUAUAAUUUAUUAAUGAGUAAAUCUUGUCUUUUGGAAAAUAAAUGAGACUCGAAUGCGUUGUCUGAGGCUGCCUGACCUUCCCAAAAGUAUCUUUAUUGAAACUUAUUUUUUGUCUUUCUGCGUCAAAUUAGAGUUUAUGAGAACAAACGUGGAUAGCGACACUGACCAGAGUGGCUCCAACAACGGCGUCAAGGCCAUGGAUACGUCUGAGUGGCUGGAAGAGACGGGAAAGAUGCACAUCCACCGCGCGGACAUGAACAAGCUUAUUAUGAACUACCUCGUCAUGGAGGGUUUCAAAGAAGCAGCGGAGAAAUUUUCAGUCGAGGCAAACAUCAAGCCACCCAUGGACCUCGAUCAGCUGGACGAGAGGAUUCGCAUUCGCUCAACAAUUCAAGCAGGGCACUUUCAAGAUGCCAUGAGGAUGGUCACUGAACUCCACCCGGAAAUUCUAGAUGAUAAUUCUCAACUGUACUUCCAUCUCCAGCAACAAGUUCUGAUUGAAUUAAUCCGUGAGGGAAGGAUAGAAGAAGCUGUUGUAUAUGCUCAAGACCACCUCGCAGAGAGAGGCCAGAGGGACCCAACCAUUCUUAAUGAACUUGAAAGAACCUUAGCACUUUUGGCCUUCGACCAGCCCGACACCUCCCCCUUUGGAGAUCUCCUUCAUCCAUCUCAUAGACAGAAGGUUGCAAGUGAGCUGAACGCAGCAAUCCUCAGAGCGCAGAAUCAAGAAGAAACCACACCACUUUUAGCGGAACUUCUAAAGCUGCUUCUCUGGGCCCAAGAUGAACUAAAUAAGAAGAAAGUCCAGUAUCCCGUCAUGACAGAUCUCAAUAAAGGACAAAUCGAAGAACCAAAGUGAACUAUUUAUUGCGACUUAUUUACUAGAGCUAUUGCUGUAGGUUAAGGCUUUAUCCCUAGCAGUUAGUCACAUGCUGCAGUUCGAAAGAAAACCUCUGGAGUCUAGGGAUUAGAACCUAUCAAAUUUUGCAGGUUUAUUCAGUUGGUAUUUUAUAUAUAUAUAUGUCUGUGUAUAAAGUUUUUAAUUUUCAACCGAGGAUACCGAAAGAAGUUCAUGUGCCUGUCUGGUAAUUGUUUGAUAUGUAAUGUUACAAGAGUUUAACGUCUGGAAGUGAACCCUUUGCUUCAGUGAGUCGGAGGUGAUUGUCACUGAUAGAUAGAGACUUUUGCUUUAAAGUGGAGGCAGGAUACACACACACA